AUGCCGAAGCGCCGACGUACGAACGUGCACACUUACGAUUCCGAUGCAUUAUUCACUGCCGAAGUUGAAAGCGAUCACUACGACGACGUCUUCGAUACGAUGGAUCAGAAAGGUGGCUCGGGUACCGACGCAACCGAUAUCGACGAUCUCUGCGAUGGUGAUUUGGAUGUCGAAGACCAAAUCAGGCUCUUUGAUGGCAAUAUUCAGUCAACUGAGUAUUGGCGACGCAAGGUGGAGGCGUUCAACGAGGACCGCUUCGCCUGCCAGGAUUACAGCCCUGGGACGACGGUGCUUCUCGAUGCCGUGGAGGAGCAGUGGCGACAAGCAGGUUUCUUUCACAGCGACACCAGUGCUCCUGCUGACUGGUCCGGGUUCUGCGAGAUUUAG